AUGUGGUCAUUAAGGUGUGGGCUUGAAGCUCCAUUGAUGACUUCAUGGACCGAUUCCAACCCAGAUCGACUUUUUUUGGGUGUGGGAUGUAUAAGGUACAAGGUUAUAAAAGGUGUAGCCAUUUUGUUUGGUAUGAUGAUGAAAUGUCUUCAAGAGCUAAAGAGAUUAUCACUUCACUACAAAAAAAAGUUGGAUCAAGAAAGGGCAAAAAUGGAUGAAGCUAAUAUCAAAGUAGCUAAAGUGAAGACAAAGUUGAAUUCAAUGAACUUAAUGAUGAAAUUCUUUGUUUCAAUAAACAUUUGUUUUGGCAAUAGGAUUAGUGUUAUCAAAUAUAAUGAAGUAGUGUUUUCAAUUGGUGUAAACUUGGGCUUAAGUGGUUGUUGUCAACUUAGGAUUAGUGUUGACAAUUGUUGGAUAGUUGUAAUCAAGUGA